AUGUCAGAUUCUAAGAUGUCGUCGCAAGAUGAAUCUAAAUUAGAAAAGGCAAUUAGUCAAGACUCUUCUUCAGAAAACCAUUCCAUUAAUGAAUACCACGGGUUUGAUGCCCAUACAAGUGAAAACAUUCAGAAUUUAGCCAGAACUUUCACUCAUGAUUCUUUCAAAGAUGACUCGUCAGCAGGUUUAUUGAAAUACUUAACCCAUAUGUCAGAAGUGCCCGGGGUCAAUCCAUAUGAACAUGAAGAAAUAAAUAAUGACCAAUUGAAUCCCGAUUCAGAAAAUUUCAAUGCCAAAUUUUGGGUUAAAAAUUUAAGAAAAUUGUUUGAAUCAGAUCCUGAAUAUUAUAAACCUUCGAAAUUGGGAAUUGGAUAUAGAAAUUUAAGAGCAUAUGGUGUUGCUAAUGAUUCUGAUUAUCAACCAACUGUUACUAACGCACUUUGGAAAUUAGCCACAGAAGGUUUCAGACAUUUCCAAAAAGAUGAUGACUCAAGAUAUUUUGAUAUUUUGAAAUCAAUGGAUGCCAUUAUGAGACCAGGUGAACUUACUGUUGUUUUGGGGAGACCCGGUGCUGGUUGUUCCACAUUGUUAAAGACCAUUGCUGUUAACACUUAUGGUUUCCACAUUGGUAAAGAAUCCCAAAUUACUUAUGAUGGGUUAUCCCCACAUGAUAUUGAACGUCAUUACCGUGGUGAUGUUAUUUAUUCUGCUGAAACCGAUGUUCAUUUCCCUCAUUUGAGUGUUGGUGAUACUUUGGAAUUUGCCGCUAGAUUAAGAACUCCACAAAACAGAGGUGAAGGUAUCGACAGAGAAACUUAUGCUAAACACAUGGCUAGUGUUUAUAUGGCAACCUAUGGGUUAUCACACACAAGAAAUACUAAUGUUGGUAACGAUUUCGUCCGUGGUGUUUCCGGUGGUGAAAGGAAAAGAGUGUCAAUUGCUGAAGCUUCUUUGAGUGGUGCUAAUAUCCAAUGUUGGGAUAAUGCCACUAGAGGGUUAGAUUCUGCUACUGCUUUGGAAUUCAUUAGAGCUUUGAAAACUUCAGCAGUCAUUUUAGAUACCACCCCUUUAAUUGCUAUUUAUCAAUGUUCUCAAGAUGCCUAUGAUUUAUUUGAUAAAGUUGUUGUCUUGUAUGAAGGUUAUCAAAUUUUCUUUGGUAAAGCCACCAAGGCUAAAGAAUAUUUUGAAAAGAUGGGUUGGAAAUGUCCUCAAAGACAAACUACUGCUGAUUUCUUGACUUCCUUAACCAAUCCAGCUGAAAGAGAACCAUUACCAGGUUAUGAAGAUAAAGUGCCAAGAACUGCUCAAGAAUUUGAAACAUAUUGGAAAAAUUCUCCCGAAUAUGCUGAAUUAACUAAGGAAAUUGAUGAAUAUUUUGUUGAAUGUGAACGAUCCAACACCAGGGAAACUUAUCGUGAAUCUCAUGUUGCCAAACAAUCCAACAAUACAAGACCAGCAUCUCCAUAUACUGUAUCAUUCUUCAUGCAAGUGAGGUAUGGUGUUGCGAGAAAUUUCCUUCGUAUGAAAGGUGAUCCGUCGAUUCCUAUAUUUUCCGUUUUCGGUCAACUUGUAAUGGGUCUCAUAUUGUCGUCGGUGUUCUAUAAUCUUAGUCAAACCACUGGAUCGUUUUAUUAUAGAGGUGCUGCCAUGUUCUUUGCUGUUUUGUUUAAUGCCUUUUCAUCACUUUUGGAAAUCAUGUCACUUUUCGAAGCCAGACCAAUUGUCGAGAAACAUAAAAAAUAUGCCCUUUAUCGUCCUUCAGCUGAUGCCUUGGCCAGUAUUAUUAGUGAAUUACCUGUCAAAUUAGCCAUGUCAAUGUCAUUUAAUUUUGUGUUUUAUUUUAUGGUUAAUUUUAGAAGAAAUCCAGGUAGAUUCUUUUUCUAUUGGUUAAUGUGUAUUUGGUGUACAUUUGUUAUGUCCCAUUUGUUUAGAUCCAUUGGUGCUGUUUCAACAUCUAUUUCUGGUGCCAUGACUCCUGCUACCGUGUUGUUAUUGGCUAUGGUUAUUUAUACUGGGUUCGUUAUCCCAACUCCAAGUAUGUUGGGUUGGUCUCGAUGGAUUAAUUAUAUUAACCCUGUUGGUUAUGUGUUUGAAUCCCUUAUGGUUAAUGAAUUCCACGGUCGUGAAUUCCAAUGUGCUCAAUAUGUUCCAAGUGGUCCAGGUUAUGAAAAUAUAUCACGUUCAAAUCAAGUGUGUACUGCAGUGGGGUCUGUUCCAGGUAAUGAAAUGGUUAGUGGUACCAAUUAUUUGGCUGGUGCUUAUCAAUAUUACAAUUCUCAUAAAUGGAGAAACUUGGGUAUUACCAUUGGAUUUGCCGUAUUCUUUUUGGCCAUUUAUAUUGCUUUAACUGAAUUCAAUAAAGGUGCUAUGCAAAAGGGGGAAAUUGUUUUGUUCCUCAAAGGGUCAUUGAAAAAACAUAAAAGAAAAACUGCUGCUUCCAACAAAGGUGAUAUUGAAGCUGGUCCUGUUGCUGGCAAACUUGAUUAUCAAGAUGAAGCUGAAGCUGUUAAUAAUGAAAAAUUCACUGAAAAGGGUAGUACUGGAAGUGUUGAUUUCCCAGAAAACCGUGAAAUAUUUUUCUGGAGAGAUUUGACUUAUCAAGUUAAAAUCAAAAAAGAAGAUCGUGUUAUUUUAGAUCAUGUUGAUGGAUGGGUCAAACCAGGUCAAAUUACUGCAUUGAUGGGAGCAUCUGGUGCUGGUAAGACCACAUUAUUGAAUUGUUUAUCUGAAAGAGUCACUACUGGUAUUAUUACUGAUGGUGAAAGAUUGGUUAAUGGCCAUGCCUUAGAUUCUUCAUUCCAAAGAUCAAUUGGUUAUGUCCAACAACAAGACGUUCAUUUGGAAACCACUACUGUUAGAGAAGCAUUACAAUUUUCUGCUUAUUUGAGACAAUCCAACAAGAUUUCUAAAAAGGAGAAAGAUGAUUAUGUCGAUUAUGUUAUUGAUUUAUUGGAAAUGACUGAUUAUGCUGAUGCCCUAGUUGGUGUCGCUGGUGAAGGUUUGAAUGUUGAACAAAGAAAAAGAUUGACCAUUGGGGUUGAAUUAGUUGCCAAACCUAAAUUGUUGUUAUUCUUAGAUGAACCAACUUCAGGGUUAGAUUCUCAAACUGCCUGGUCGAUUUGUAAAUUGAUGAGAAAGUUAGCUGAUCAUGGUCAAGCCAUUUUGUGUACUAUCCAUCAACCAUCAGCACUUAUUAUGGCUGAGUUUGAUAGACUUUUAUUUUUACAAAAAGGUGGAAGAACGGCUUAUUUUGGUGAAUUAGGUGAGAACUGUCAAACCAUGAUCAAUUAUUUUGAAAAAUAUGGUGCUGAUCCAUGUCCUAAGGAAGCAAAUCCAGCAGAAUGGAUGUUACAAGUUGUUGGUGCUGCACCAGGUUCACAUGCCAAACAAGAUUAUUUUGAAGUUUGGAGAAAUUCUAGUGAAUAUCAAGCUGUUAGAGAAGAAAUUAAUAGAAUGGAAGCUGAAUUAUCUAAAUUACCAAGAGAUAAUGAUCCAGAAGCGCUUUUGAAAUAUGCUGCACCACUUUGGAAACAAUACUUAUUGGUCAGUUGGAGAACUAUUGUUCAAGAUUGGAGAUCACCAGGAUAUAUUUAUUCUAAAAUCUUUUUGGUUGUUUCAGCAGCUUUAUUUAAUGGAUUUUCAUUUUUCAAAGCUAAAAAUAACAUGCAAGGUUUACAAAAUCAAAUGUUUUCGGUGUUUAUGUUUUUCAUUCCAUUCAAUACUUUGGUGCAACAAAUGUUACCAUACUUUGUGAAGCAACGUGAUGUUUAUGAAGUGAGAGAAGCUCCAUCAAGAACAUUCAGUUGGUUUGCAUUUAUUGCCGGUCAAAUUACAUCAGAAAUUCCUUAUCAAGUUGCCGUUGGUACCAUAGCAUUUUUCUGUUGGUAUUAUCCAUUAGGAUUGUAUAAUAAUGCUACACCAACUGAUUCUGUCAAUCCUCGAGGUGUUUUAAUGUGGAUGCUUGUUACUGCAUUUUAUGUUUACACAGCAACCAUGGGUCAAUUAUGUAUGUCUUUCAGUGAAUUAGCUGAUAAUGCUGCCAAUUUGGCUACAUUGUUAUUUACUAUGUGUUUGAAUUUCUGUGGUGUUUUAGCUGGUCCUGAUGUAUUACCAGGAUUUUGGAUUUUCAUGUACAGAUGUAAUCCAUUCACUUAUUUGGUUCAAGCUAUGCUUUCUACUGGAUUAGCUAACACUUUUGUUAAAUGUGCUGAACGUGAAUAUGUUUCAGUUAAACCACCAAAUGGUGAAUCUUGUUCUACUUAUUUGGAUCCAUACAUUAAAUUUGCUGGUGGGUAUUUUGAAACUAGAAAUGAUGGAUCUUGUGCAUUCUGUCAAAUGAGUUCCACCAAUACUUUCUUGAAAUCAGUUAAUUCAUUAUACAGUGAAAGAUGGAGAAAUUUCGGUAUUUUCAUUGCUUUCAUUGCUAUUAAUAUCAUUCUUACGGUGAUCUUUUAUUGGUUAGCUAGAGUUCCAAAGGGUAACAGAGAGAAAAAAAAUAAGAAAUAA